AUGUGGUCGCCAUCAUCAUCAUCAUCGUCGUCGUCGGGAUCAUCGGCCACAUCGGACAUAUCGCCGAACCGAUUAUCAGUGGACUCGCUAUCGUCAUCGACAUCGGGAGCAGUGCCGCGGACACUACUAGGAGUACCGAUGUUUGAUCCGGUACGCUAUCGGACGGAAAUGUGCAAAAAUUUUGUCGAAUCGGGUGUCUGUCGAUUCAACGACCGGUGUUUCUAUGCCCACGCCCUCCACGAGCUCAGGCCUACAACCUAUCGCCACCGGAAACAUAAAACCCAAUUGUGUCGGCCGUUUCAUACCGACGGCUUCUGCGAGUUUGGCGCCCGCUGUGCGUUCAUACACUCGCGGCCCGAUGUCGAGGCUAUUGUCCAGCGAUUUAAUCGGCUAAUCGAUUCGCUACAGUGUCGGCCACCACCACAACCACCAGCAGCACCGGCACCUGUAUCCAGACAGCAGCCGCAGCAGUGGUGGUCACCGCCAACACCACCGCCAAUGAUGGACGACAAGAUGGUUAUCGAUACCAUUGACAUUGGUAUAGAUAUGCGGGCGCCUACCGGUGAUGAUGGCGACUAUGAUAAUGAUGGUGAUGAUUAUGGCACCGGUAUUAUAGUUACAGUUCCCGGUCGACACGUUAGACUACCCAUAUUCAGACGGUUUGCCCAUUAG